UGCUGAACACAUCGUCUAAAUUUGAAAAUAAACGCUGUGGGUGAGGCAUAUUUGAUGGAAUACGUAUAAUAUUGAUUUUGCUGGUAUAACUGGAUGUGUGCUAAUAAGCUAACAGCUUUAGCCGCUGUCCCAGCAGGUUGAGUGCUGCAGCUUUAGCUCUGCAGCGCUGUCAAGGUUGAAAUGAGUGUUAACAGCAGCCUGUGCCUGUGAAUUUAUCUUAAAGAAAUAUAUAUGAACAAAAGUCAGGAAUAAUGAAUCAAAAAGACGAUUCCGUAGGUGCCCCCGUGUGUAGACAGGAUAUUGGCAUGAGAUUUUUAAGUCUUUCCUUUCAUUUUAAAUUGAAGGGAAGAGAAUGUUAUGGGCCACGUCUGUGCUGGUUAAAGGCAGAGAGAUGUUGCUGUUGGUGCUGGGAGUCCUACUCCUGCUCUUCUCCACCUUGGAUGUAUGGUACUUCCUGCGGGGGGUGCAGGUGUUUGUCAAGGCAUGGUUCCAACCCAGAAUAUCAGACAUUCUAGCUGAGCAAAGCAUUGAUGGUGUGGUCCUUCCUCAUGAUUUGGACUAUAUGGGCCACAUGAACAACUCUCGGUACCUGAGGGAGUGUGACUUUGCUCGCUUUCACCACUACAUGAGAAAUGGCCUUUUCAUGGCCUCGCACAAGUUAGGGGCCAAAAUGGUGAUAGGGGCUUCCACUAUCAGGUAUCGGCGCUCGUUGGCCUUUCGUGAGGCAUUUGAGAUCCGCACUAAAGUGCUGGGAUGGGAUGAAAAGGCCUUUUACUUGGAGCAGCGCUUUGUGUCCAAGAAAGACGGUUUUGUGUCUGCAAUCAUGCUUUGCAGGCAGAAUGUGGUGCACUGCAGCCCAGAGAGGAUUAUUGAAUUUGUGUGCAAAAGAAAGAUCGAGUGUCCAGAGUUUCCUGAGGACCUCAAACACUGGAUGAGCUUCAUUGCAGCCAGCAGCCAGGCCCUGAGAGCAGAGAGUGGCCUGGAGGAUAAGAAUAAGUGAAGUCACACCUUGUGACACCAAGUAUCCUGAUUUGUAGACUGAUGAUCUACAUUGCACGCCCAAUAAAACAUACAUCCCAGUCGUACAUGCACACAAACAGUUAGACUUGUCAUAGAGAGUUUUACAUGUUCUACAAGAUUCCACUCUUCCCACAGAGGUAAUGCUUAGAUGCUGUGUAUUUUUAUAUGAUGUUCUGAGCAAAAACAAAACUUGAACUGGUAAAGUGUUAUAUAUGUGAAACUGCACAUCAAUCAAAUAGAAAAAAAACAUAGCUUUAUUGUUGCAGCAUAUUAGUAUUCGGCAGUGCAUAGAACAGCUUUAGACACACUGUACAUUCACCACAUUCAAUUAUAGGAUUGGGGAACGAGAACUGGAAUUAAAAGGACCAGGUAAAGUUGUAAUAAUGUCAACCUCCUUUUUUUUUAAAAGUGCUUACCGUCUUGCAAGAAAAAACUUUUUAAGUUCUCAAAAAUGGCUUAAACUGCAAUUUUACUGUAAUGCUUUUAUUCUAUUUUAAGUUUUUAUUCUAUUUUAAGUUUUAUUAAGUUUUGCUGCUACUACAGACUAAUAAUAUGUCCAUCACUGCAGGGUCCACUGUGCUAUUCCUUCUUACAGUAGCCACUUCUUACAGUACAUCCAUGGAUGAUGCCGAUGUUUUGAUAUCAGGCAAUAGUUUGCAGGUUGAAAACAGACAAAAGAAAAAACGUAAGUAUGUCGAAUUAAUGCUGGCAAAAGACAUUCUACAAAAUCAUUUUUAACCUCUCUCACAUAAGUAAUGAAGAAGUGACGAGAGGCGCUGCCGUUGACCCGAUUGAGUAAGAAAGUCUUAAAUCAAUUGAAUACAAACGUUUCCCAACUCCUUACAUCUUUCUUUACAAGAAUGCAUGAAGAGUGAAAAACCUCUACUUAUACCAAUGCAUGACUUCCAACAAUCAGAAUAUUUUUGAACCUGUUUUCCUUAAUUAGUCAUAGUUGCAGUUCUAAUUUUAGAAAAAUAACAUUUAUUACAAAACAAAACAUGUUGGUAUCUACAAUAUGCUUGAAAUGAUGUCAACGUAACAACUGUUUUUUAUUAUUCUCAUCGUUUUGCACAAGGUCUUGUAGGACUGGGGUUUUUGUUAUCAUUUUUAUUUUAUAUUGGUUUUGACCAAAUUUAUGUUGUAUGCACUGAAAGAUAGGGUGAUUUGGUUUGAGCGUUUUAUGUCAGUGCUGGAAGAUUGGCAGGAAGGAAUUUGUACUGUAGUUCUGAGGUUCUGGAAACAUUUUAAAACGUGAUGCGUGGUAAAUACAAAUUAUUUAAAUUAUGCUUUGUUUUUAUCAAGACAGCUUGAGUUUGUGACCAGUGUAAUGUAUUGUUCUUGAAUGUAUAUUUAGAAAGUUGCACAAAUAUUUAUAUAUUUUGUAAUUUCUUUGUGUUGAAACAUCCAUUGUCCGUUAUGCUUUCACUCUCCCUUAUUUAUCAGUGGUUGAAUUUAAUACCUCUUAAUUUGUUGCGUUCGUCAAUUACUUACUCCAUUUCAAAUUAAAUUCCUUUGAAAACUG